AUGACACCCGAGCGACUCAUGGUUUAUACAGACGCCCAGCUGGAGGCGUACCUUCGGCGCAUCGCUUAUUCCCCGGUCGACGAGGCAAAGACCAGUCUGCGGGAAGAUGCCCGCGUACAAGCCCAGCGCGAUCCUCUAAAGACCCUGGCGGAGUUGCAGAAGCUGCACCUUGCGACAGUGCCGUGGGGUAAUUCAGGCCUUCACUACUCGCAGCAUCAUACAAUCUCACUGCAUCCCGAGAGUCUGUUUGAAAAGAUGGUCGAGCGACGCUUGGAUGGGUACUGCAUGGAAAACACCGGUCUGUUUCUGCAUAUUCUGCGUGCCUUGGGAUAUUGUGUGUAUGCCACUGGGGCCAGGGUCAGCCAGGCCACGGCGACCGGAAUUGAUAAUGGACUAUAUGCUUCGUUUGGCCACAUGAUUUUGAUUGUGAUCAUUGACAGCGCAAGGUACAUGGUGGACGUGGGAUUUGGCAUCAACUGUGCCACAGCACCCCUGCCCCUCCAAGAGGGCGCUACAGCUACAUGCAUUGCGCCGUCGGAGAUGCGGCUGGUAAAGGAGACCCUGGUCGAAUUCACCGACAAAUCUCAGAAGAUAUGGGUCUAUCAGACCAGGAAAGACCCCGAAAGUCCAUGGCUGCCCGGGAUCUGUUUCUCCGAGGUCGAGUUUCUGCCCAAGGACUUUGAAGUGAUGAACUUUUCCGUCAGCCAAAGACGGGCCAGCUGGUUCACCCAUAGAUUUGUGUGUGUGCGAAUGAUCAUGGAUCCCGAGAGCAGAGAGAUUAUUGGGCAAUGUAUCAUCUCGGGCAAGGAGGUCAAAAAACGAAUGGGGGCCCACACAGAGGUCUUGCAGCCCCUGGAGAACGAACAGGACCGGGUCAACGCCCUGGCCAAGUACUUUGGUGUGCAUUUUCGAGCCCAUGAAAUCGAAGGCAUCCGGGGCUUCGUUUCGGAACUCAAAUAG